AUGGAGCAGCUGCUGGCCGUGGAGCAGCCUCUGGUUGUCAGCCAUGGUUUUUCCGCUGUGUCCCCCAAGAUCACUGAGGAAACUUAUGAUCAUCUCUUGGAAGUCCCGGUCACUCGGGAGCAAUUAAGUCACUACCGGCAUGUGGCUGAAAAUGUUCGAAGUGAACUUGCUGCAACUUUGGUCAAAUUUGAACGUGCUCAGUCUGAGCUUCAGGAACUUCGCUCCAAGAUGCUUUCUAAAGAAGUUUUCUGCCAAGAGCUGAAGGCUGACAUGGAGAGCUUCAAAGAAAACAAUGCCAGAAAAUCAUCUCUCCUUGCCUCUUUGAGAGACAGAGUGCAGGAACUCGAAGAAGAGUCAGCAGCACUUUCCACUUCUAAAAUCAGGACAGAAAUCACAGCUCACACUGCAAUCAAGGAGAACCAGGAAUUAGUGAGGACAGUUGCAGAACUAGAUGAAAAAUUACAAAAGUGUGCAAAGGAAAGUGAGGAGAGUAAGAAGCAAGUCUUGGAGCACUGCCGGAAGCAUGCUGACUUUCUAACUCAGCUCUGGGACUGCCUGGAUCCAGACCAGAAGGACCAGAAGGCAUCAGAUGAAGAUCUCAUUUUAAAGCUUCGAGAGCUGUGCAGGGAAAACGCAUUCAUGAAAGGACAAAUUGCUAGUCUUGGAGAGACUAUAAAUGUCCAUGAGAUGGAGGCAAAAGCUAACAGAGAAACGAUCAUGAGGCUGGCGUCUGAAGUCAACAGAGGACAGAGCAAAGCUUCCUCCUGGGCAGAAGAGAAGAACAAGCUGAACCAGGAUUUGCUCUGUGCUGUAGAGGCAAAAGAAGCUUUGGAAAGGGAAAUUAAGAUCUUCCAAGAAAGGUUGCUUGCUGGCCAGAGGGCCUGGGAUGCCUCAAAGCAGGAGCUGAGCCUUCUGAAGAAAAGCUCUGAAGAGUUGGAGAAGAAUUUGAAGGCCAGUAGGGAUACAGCUACAGCCUCGCAAAGCCAGAACUCCUUAUUUAGGGAGAAAAUCGCAGCCCUCCUUAGAAGCAGGCUGGGGAUGACCGGGCCCACGGAGGAUGCCAUUUUGGAGAAGAUUCAAGAAAUGGGAAGCCAGGAAGAGGGCAGGACGAGGAUGGUCUCUCAGCUUGAAUCCCAAGUAUCUGAGCUUGUUGAACAGUUGGGAAAUGAGUCUGAGUCUCACCAGAAAACUCUACAGAGGGCCCAGAAAGCAGAAAACAAGUUGGAGGCUCUUCAGGGCCAGCUGACAGACCUGGAAGGAGAGCUGGUUUCUGGAGAUGUUUUGCGAGACAAUUUGAAUUUUGAGAAACAAAAAUAUCUUAAGUUUCUGGAUCAGCUUUCAGAAAAAAUGAAACUGAACCAGAUGGCUGCUGAACUUGGCUUUGACAUGCGUCUGGAUGUAGUUUUAGCUCGCACAGAACAGCUGGUCCGUCUGGAGAGCAAUGCAGUCAUCGAAAACAAAUCUAUCGCCUACAAUUUACAGAGAAAGUUAAAGACUCAGAAAGAAAGGCUGGAGAGCAAAGAACUGCACAUGAAUCUCCUCCGUCAGAAAAUAGCCCAGCUGGAGGAGGAGAAGCAGUUGCACACCGCCUUGGCUGUGGAGAGGGAUGAGGCCCAUCUCACCACCAGGACGCUGGAGAAGAAGGUGGAGAGGAUGCAGAAGGAGCUAAAUGCAUGUCGCCAAUCCAACACCGAGCUCAAAGCCAAACUGGCUGACACCAAUGAGCUUAAGAUUAAAACUUUGGAACAGACCAAAGCCAUUGAAGAACUCAAUAAAUCCAGAGACAAACUGGAGAAGAUGAAGGAGAAAGCUGAGAAGAAGCUAAUGUCUGUGAAGUCAGAACUGGGUACUGCAGAAAAUGAGGCUAAAGAGGAGAAGGAAAGGGCGAGAAGCUUGAUAGAAGUGAUAACCCGUGAAAUGAAGAUGCUAAAAAAAUCUCUGGAAGAGGCAGAAAAGAGAGAAAAACAGCUGGUGGACUUCAGGGAAGUAGUUUCCCAGAUGCUGGGCUUGAACGUGACCACUCUGGCUCUUCCUGACUAUGAGAUCAUCAAAUGUCUUGAAAUACUGAUCCAUUCACAUCAGCAUCAUUUUGUGGCUUGUGCCUGCCUCAAAGAUACUGGGCAGGAUAGACACCCACAGGGCCCCUUGAAGCUUCUUCAUUGA